GGGGAUGCCCCGCGGGUGAGGCAGCCCCCAGCUUGCAGCCGCGUUCAUGGCGGUGGCCAGGAAGAUCAAAACUUUGCUGACGGUCAACAUUCUGGUUUUCGUGGGCAUCGUCGUCUUCUCGGUGUACUGCCGCCUUCGGGGCCGCUCCGAAGAGCUGGUGCAGGUCCUGCGCAGCGCCGACCGCCGGGUGCGCAGCCGACACGCCAAGGUGGGCGCUCUGGCGGACCGCGAGGCCAUCCUGCAGCGCCUGGACCACCUGGAGGAGGUGGUCUACAACCAGCUUAAUGGCCUUGCCAAGCCCAUUGGUCUGGUGGAGGGGCCAGGGGGCCUGGGCCAGGGCGGCUUGGCCACCACGCUGCAGGACGACAGCCGGGAGGCAGAAGGCAAGUUCGAGGAAUACGGGUACAACGCACAACUCAGCGACCGCAUCUCCCUGGAUAGGACCAUCCCUGACUACAGGCCCAAAAAGUGCAGACAGAUGACGUACUCCCCAGACCUGCCCCAGGUCUCUGUGGUCUUCAUCUUCGUCAAUGAGGCCCUAUCGGUCAUCCUGCGCUCUGUGCACAGCGUGAUCAACCACACACCCUCCCAGCUCCUCAAGGAGGUCAUCCUGGUGGACGACAACAGUGACAAUGUGGAACUAAAGCUCAACCUGGACCAGUAUGUGAACAAGAGGUACCCAGGCCUCGUGAAGAUUGUGCGUAACAGCCGGCGGGAAGGCCUGAUUCGGGCACGGCUUCAGGGGUGGAAGGUGGCCACUGCCCCAGUUGUCGGCUUCUUUGAUGCCCACGUUGAGUUCAACACAGGCUGGGCUGAGCCUGCCCUCACGCGGAUCCAGGAGGACCACCGUCGGAUUGUCCUGCCGGCCAUUGACAACAUCAAGUACAGUACGUUUGAGGUGCAGCAGUACGCCAAUGCCGCUCACGGUUACACUUGGGGCCUCUGGUGCAUGUACAUCAUCCCGCCACAGGACUGGCUGGACCAUGGUGAUGAGUCUGCACCCAUCAGGACUCCGGCCAUGAUCGGCUGCUCAUUUGUGGUGGACCGGGAGUACUUUGGGGACAUUGGCCUGCUGGACCCGGGCAUGGAGGUGUACGGCGGCGAGAACAUCGAGCUGGGCAUGAGGGUGUGGCAGUGUGGGGGCAGCAUGGAGGUGCUGCCCUGCUCUCGUGUGGCACACAUCGAGCGCACCAAGAAGCCCUAUAACAACGACAUUGACUACUACGCGAAGCGCAACGCUCUGCGGGCGGCCGAGGUGUGGAUGGAUGACUUCAAGUCCCAUGUGUACAUGGCCUGGAACAUUCCUAUGACUAACCCAGGGGUGGACUUCGGGGAUGUGUCUGAGAGGCUGGCCCUGCGCCAGAGGCUGAAGUGCCGGAGCUUCAGGUGGUACCUGGAGAACGUGUACCCCGAGAUGAGGAUCUACAACGACACCCUCACGUACGGAGAGGUGAGAAACAGCAAAGCCAGUGGCUACUGCUUGGACCAGGGAGCAGAAGACGAUGACCGAGCCAUUCUCUACCCCUGCCAUGGGAUGUCCUCACAGCUGGUGCGGUACAGUGCCGAUGGCCUUCUGCAGCUGGGCCCCCUGGGCUCCACAGCCUUCCUGCCUGACUCCAAGUGUCUGGUGGAUGAUGGCAGGGGCCGUACACCCACUCUGAAGAAGUGCGAGGAUGUGGCCCGACCAACACAGCGGCUGUGGAACUUCACCCAGAGUGGCCCCAUUGUGAGCCGAGACACAGGCCGGUGCCUCGAGGUGGAAAUGUCCAAAGACGCCAACUUCGGGCUGCGGCUGGUGGUGCAGAGGUGCUCGGGACAGAAGUGGAUGAUCAGAAACUGGAUCAAACACGGGCGGCACUGACCGCUCCCAUCCUCGUCCUUGGCCCUCACUCAAAGCAGACCCUCAUGGACCGAGCCCGCUGGGCUGGGGGCCGGGCUGGCACCCUUUGUUCCCCCACUCCAGAACCCAGAGCACCUGGGCAGUGCCCUGCGUGUCUCGAAAUGGGGCUCUGUGGCCCAGGACAGCAGAGGCCUGGUGGCCAGGGCACUGGCCACCUUCCUGGACAGGUGGCUCUGCCGGAGGGAGGGUGUCUGAGGACAGCAGACGCCGACUCUGAAACACGUGCCUUUUCUCCAGUAUCUCCUGUCCAGGCUUCCGGAUGGCCACGUCUUCUGCAUGUGCUACAGCCCCCGUACACACCCCAAAGUGGGGUCCACCCUGCCCAUGAGGCCGAGCCCCGUACCUCCUGUCAGCAGAGCCCCCAUCCUCCUAGCAGAGCCUUGGCCUCCCCUGAUCUGGCCUCUCUCUGGCCGGCCGCUCAGCCUCUCUGAUCAUAACCUAAGUCAGACAUACAAAUGCAGCCUCCGUGGGCUGGUGUCGGGGAUGAGGACACCCCAUAGGCAUGUUGACGAGACGGACUCCGGCCACAUCAACAGACACCAAAUAAAGAGCAGAUUCAACAACAGAGACACUCGUGUUUGUCUUCCAAGGCGCUGAACCAGCAGAUGUGGGGCCAGGCCCUGAUCUGCUGUCUGGCCCAGGGUUCCAGGCACCUUCUCUAUUAUUGCUCUGCUGUCCUCCAUGGCAG